AUGGCCAGGAACAAUCGUCUUUCUUCCAGCUCCUCUACAAAGAGAUUCGGACCGUCUUCUAUGAGCGCCUUGUCCCCUCUGGACUCCGCGAGUUUGAGGUGUUUCCCAGCCAAGCUCUCAGGGCCCCUCCCAGCUGGGACGGCAGAUCGCUCUUGGAGACCUGCCGCCGCAUCCCGGACGAGGCCAGCCCCAUCCUACACAAAAGAAGCCAUCCUACGCUUCGAGUCCCCCGACCAAGGUGUCGACGAAUGCUAUGGCGGCUUCAUCCACACGCACGACGUCAGGCUCCUGGCUGCGGUGCCCUGGGCACGCGAUGCCUGCGGGACUCUCCUCGUCAAGUACGACCUGCGCCUCGCUGAUCACUCGGGCCUCGUAGGCUACCUCUGGAGCUGCUUCGGCGUCCCCGGCCUGGCGGCAAGCAUCGAACGCGUCGAGAUUCAUGUUGGCUCGCCAUGGGGAUUUUGGAACUCGUGGCUUACUGAGAAGCGCUACCGUGCCGGUCGUGAACACGGGCAACUUCCCGCUGCACGAGUUCCUGGAUUGGCUGCAGGGACUGCCGCGGCUGAGGACGGUGAUCGUAAGCGGCGGCAUCUAUCACGAUCUGCUGGCGGGUUUCUACCGGCGAGAGUUUCUGAAGGGCGGCAGGAGCGACUUAGGGGUUGCGGACCACGGACAAAGAGUUCAAGAUGUCAACGGCAGAAUCGUAUCGUGAUCUGGCAUUCAGACGUCGAAGGAGGCGAUGGGUGUCGGGAUAUGGGCCGACUGGAGCCGUUUCAGCUUCAAGUCCCCGGACAGUGA